AUGACGACUGAAUGCACUGAGAGACCAAUCUCUCGUCCCGCUCGUCUCGUCGAUUUUUACUCCUUUCCAUCAUCGGGAACAGAAUUGAACGGCGAGAAAGUGGAAUGCAUCUUCUUCCCGAGGUUUAACGACCGAGAGGAAACGUUUUCGCUGGACGUUUUGGCUUUUACACACACCAAGGAAGGAGACGAAAAAGAUGAUUUAAACGACGAUUUAGAUGAUGAUGAUGCGUAUCGGACUUUUAAUCGCUUGGGUGUCGCGGUCUUUCGAACGAGUGGGUUCGUUUCGAGACCGAAAGUCGUCGUGUAUGACAACUGGUACCAGAGAGCGAAGGAAGCGUUGACGCCGACGACUGCGACGACUUUGAUCGGACGAAGAGCAAAAAGGUACCAGUUUUCCAUCGAAGAGAAAACGAAGAAGAACACAGACGAUGAUACAGCGGAGGAGGAGGUGUUUGAACUCGUCUGGCGGUUCAGCGAAAACGACGACGAGAACGCAAACGAGGAGAGCAGAGAGGAGGAUACGAAGAAGAAGCGAAAGGAGAUGGUGAUGAUGCGAGGGUCUUGCAAGAUGAAGCGCGUCGUCGCCGCCGCCGCCAGGGCAGCGGAGGGUGUCGAGACGGGAUCUGCAAAGGAAACGGCGACGACGGUUCUUUUGGAGUUGUUGCGUCACGCCUCGUUGAAGUAUAUUCGCGAAAAGGAAGGAAACGUGGAUUUAAAGCGCGCGAACGAGUGUUUGAGGAAAGAUCAAGAGAUCGCGGUGAAGAAAGAAUUGGAGAAGGCGAGAGAUAUCGAGCAGUUUAAGCGAAAAUGUUUUGAGGAGUGUUUGGUCCUCGUAAACGAGAAGAAGAAACGGAUUCGGGAGUUGGAGGAGAUUCUAGAAACGGCGAGGAAAGAAAACGACGCGUUGAGUAAAAAAAUUGGGAAGGGGAAAGGAGGGAAGAAGAGAGGGAGGUCGUCGUCGUCCGAGGAGUCGUCGUCGUCCGAAGCCUCUUCGUCGAGCGAAGAGGUGAGCGACGAAGACGAGGAGGAAGAAGCGAACACGGACGACGAAGAUAAGGCCACGCAAAUUCGCAAACGCAUGCGACAGACUGCCAUGGUAGAUACCAUCAAAACCACGAGUGAUGGAAGAAAGAAACCGUCUGCAAAGCCAACAACGACGAAGACAACAAAAGCAACAAAAGCAACCGCCUCGCAAAAAUCAAAACCAGCCGCUCGGCGCGUGAACACGUUCGACGCUCUCAUGCAAGCCAAUUUAGGACGAGAUUCCGACGCGAAUUCCCAAUCCUCCUCUUUUUAG